AUGUUUGUUUCACCCCAGGUCGAGGAUAACGAUGUACAGACGAGCGAACAGCAGCUCGCAGACCUGAGGAAACGCAGCACCACCAUCGCCCCUCUGAAGCUACGACGUAAUGCCCCCAACAGACCCAUCACUGUGGAGUCCCUGUGUGACUGGGAGACAGAUGAGGAUUCUCUGGAAAGAGGUGAAAAGUUCACCCUAAAAUCUAACUCAUCUGAGAACUGGGACGUUAUUUCAACUAAUGGGGCCACAAAAACCUUCCCGGGAGUUUGCUUCCAGAUCCCUCCACCUGAUACAGAGGCCAUUGACAAAGUGGACCUGUUGGGUCGUGAACUGGCAGACAUCAAGAAGAGGAGAGCUGCUCUGGUGGCAUCCCUGAAGAACCACAAAGCCGAGGUCUCCAGAGCCCAGCAAGCAGCCCCAGUUUCAUCUGGCCCAGUGGAUCCCAAAGUGAGCGCCCUGUCUAAGCAGCUGGACAAGCUGGACAAUGACCUGGCCAAAGCCGAGGAAAGCAUGCUGAAUCGCCUGCGAGCCCCACUGAACCCCAACGAUCCAGCUGGAGAUCUGGCCAAGAGGCUGAGGGAACAGGAGGAAGCUAACAGGGCUCUGAAGGCUCUGGAGCAGCAGAGGCAGGCAGCUCAGGCCGAACUGCAGCCCCUGCUGGCCAAAGACCCCAACAGUUCUGCACUGGCCAACAAGAACAACAACAUCGCAGAACUUGCUGACCUUUACACCAAGAAAGCAAAUGCAUCUCUUAAUCUGGAGAACCAGAUUAAGAAGGUGGACGGCCUCGUCUCUGGGUUUGAGAGAAACCUGAGUAAUGAUGGUCCAAUCCCUGAUAUGCCGAAUGCAAUCCAAGCCCGUGCUGAGGACAUUAAGUACCAGCAAAGGUCUGUGGCAGCGGCUCAGGACGACAUGAAGAAGCUGAGUCAGGAUCUGGACACCACGGAGCAGCUUUGCAGGUCUUUGCAGCAGGGUUACCAGCAGUACUGCCCUGAAAUCCAGCGCCAGGGAUCAGAUGUCAAGCAGCUGCAGAACCGCUAUGCUAACGUGGCCAACCAGCUGCAGGAGAGAGAGAAAAUAUUACAAGAAGCUGCAAUCAAGAACCAGGAGUACCAGAGCACAUCCACAUCUCUCAAGUCCUUCCUGGACAACAUGCCGAAAGACCAGAUGGGCUACAAUGCUAAUCUGUCUGAGGUGUCUGCCAGGCAAAGCUCCCAAGAGGUGAGACU